UUUGUCUUGCUUUUGAAGUAUUUUCGCAAUUUUCCCAUCCGUCGGCUUAGCAGCUGUGGAGCAGCUGUAGGGCUGUAGUGUACAGCACCGUGCUGCACAGUGCCACAGCUGGUGUUUUGAAGCUGGUUUGUUAGCUGGAGCCAGCCGCGGUACAAAGAAGAUACGGCGACAAUUACGAACGACCACGACUGUGGCCACAAGGAAACCAAAACUUGGGGUGCGUACGAUCCGUUCGAUAUGCAUUCAACAAGACUCCUCGGGAUCCGUCUGCUAGCCGAAUCGUGCAGACGACGCGCCAGCGAUGCUCGCCUCACGCACGUUGAUGAAUAUGGCGGCGCCAAAAUGGUGGACGUUUCGAACAAGCCAGGCACCGUCCGAACGGCGACUGCUUUGGGCAGGGUCCUCCUGGGCAAAAAGGUCUUCGACUUGGUCAAGUCCAACCAAAUGAAGAAAGGCGACGUGCUGCCCACCGCUCAGCUCGCCGGCAUCUGCGCCGCCAAGCAGACGUCCCAGCUGAUUCCGCUGUGUCAUCCGGUAGCGCUGAGCAAGGUGGACGUUACCCUGACUUUGGUGGAAGAAACUCACGAAGUCGGCGUGAACGGGUACGCCAAAUGCACGGGCCAGACAGGUGUCGAGAUGGAAGCACUGACUGCGGUCGCGGUCGCGGCGUUGACUGUCUACGACAUGUGCAAAGCGGUCAGCCGCGAGAUCAGAAUAACCGACAUACGGUUGACCUCUAAAACCGGUGGGACCAGGGGAGACUACCAGGAGUAAAAUCAGUUUCUGACAAAAGCUUUUCAAUUUAUUUUUCUUUAGUGCGUAUCUCACUUGAGGUUAUUUCCUGCAUACCCAACAUUGAAGCACUUGUUUGCAAUAGCUUUUCGACACUCAAAUAUUCAA